AGCAGCAGCAGCAGCAGCAGCAGCAGCAGCAGCAGCAGCAGCAGCAGCAGCAGCAGCAGCUGACUAUGGUGGGGGUGGACUGUCUGUACACUGCAGCGUUCUUGAGGAUGUUGAAGGCGCUGCAGCAGCUGCUCCCGCCCCACAUGCAGCAGCAGCAGCAGCAGCAGCAGCAGCAGCAGCAGCUGUAA